UCCUCCCGAGUCUGGAAUUGAAAAGAAGAAACAGCGUACUUCGAUUCCUCCUCUUUCUCUCUCCGUUCAUUGUUUUUAUAAGGAAAAAAAGAAUCCAAACAGACGAUUAGCAAUUUAGGGUUUGGAUAAGAAUGGAGAUCACAGAGAAGAAGGAAACGGAGAAGAACAAUAAGAAUAAUACAGAUUCAGCAUCAAAUGAUCUUAUUAUGGAUAAGGAAACGGAAGAACGCCAAGCACGUGAGCUCAAAGCUGGCUUGCAUCCUCUCAAGCACAAGUUUGUAUUCUGGUACACUCGCCGAACACCUGGAGUUCGAACCCAAACAUCAUAUGAGGACAAUAUAAAGAAAAUUGUGGAAUUCAGUACGGUCGAAGGAUUUUGGGUCUGCUAUUGUCACUUGGCUCGAUCUUCUGCUUUGCCUAGUCCCACUGAUCUGCAUCUUUUCAAGGAGGGAAUCCGUCCCCUAUGGGAGGAUUCUGCUAACUCCAAUGGUGGCAAGUGGAUAAUAAGAUUCAAAAAGGCUGUCUCAGCUCGCUUUUGGGAGGAUUUGGUGCUUGCAUUAGUAGGAGACCAACUUGAGUACGGGGAUAACAUUUGUGGUGCAGUACUAAGCAUUCGCUUUAAUGAGGAUAUAGUCAGUGUUUGGAAUCGCAAUGCAUCUGAUCAUCAGGCUGUGAUGGCUCUAAGAGAUUCAAUCAAAAGGCACUUAAAGCUUCCCCACGGGUAUGUUAUGGAAUACAAGCCUCAUGAUGCCUCAUUGCGUGACAACUCAUCAUAUAGGAACACCUGGUUGAGAGGGUAAAAGCAUUCUGGAUUAUGAAGCUGGAUGAGUAAUCGAAGUGCUGAGGCUCAUGUGCAGGGCCCUGCUUCAUAUUUGAAGAUCAUCCCCUGGUCAUGCAAUCUAAAUUCUUUUCAACUUCACAACCUGUGCUUAUCUUGAUGUCCUGUAGGUUAAACUAUCAGAUGAUACUGGCCGAAAGAAGUGGUUGGUUUUAAUGACAAAAUACUAUAUUUUCUGUUGGA